UUCGUUUCCUCCUCGACAGACUUUUCUGUAUACAUUGCUAUUCAUAAACUAGUAGACAAAUAUCAGAGCCCGCAUGAAAAGGAAAUGAACUUAGUGCCAACGCAUAUCGCUCGUAAAUAUCAAGGAUCCCCUUGUUCUUGUUGCGCAUUUGUUCCGUUUUAAUAGCUUUUAUUUGUCUCCUCAAUUGUUGUGCAAAUGUGACACCUGAGGAAAAUAUUACAUGAGAUCCUUAGCGAAGUCAGAUCAAGUCAGAUCAAAGCCUUUAUUUAGUUGAUACUGAAUGUUUAUCGCUCGUGUUUGAUAGCCAAAGUAUUUUAGUAUUAACUGUUCCUUCCAGAAAUAUGGCAAAAGAAGUAUAUAUAAUGCUAGCAGCAGUAAGACCGAUCCCUUUUCUUCUCUAAAUAGGAACAGGUGGGUCAUUCAAGUGGUACACAGCCAUGGAGUCAAACGGCGAUAUCAAUUUUAUAAUGUAUAUUUCCAUAUGCUUAUGGGUACUUAGUACUCUACUCUACUCUACCAAUCACAUGAAAGCUUUCAGAAACACAGCCUGCAAGGGUUUAAAAGAAGUCCCUUGAACUGAUUUCUCCACUCCUACUAUCGACAGACCAAAGAACGCAAGACUACGAUUGGAAGAGCCUGCCAUAUCUUCGUAGUUCUACCAUUCACGGACUCUAUUUGGUCGGAACAUGAAUGUGUACGUGGCAGUCACGCUGGGCCUAGUGGCAUUGUUUGGGACUGGAACGGUCUUCGUGGUAGGAGACAACAGCGACGUUUCCCACACCGUGGAAGAUGAACUGGAUUACGAUGCUAUCAUCCAGAGGGAGAUGGAGUUGAAAGACGAUGACUACACAAAGUGGGAGGAUGUAGAUGACAUGUCCCGACUACCCGCCGCAGCUCUGAGCUUGCAGCGGACGGGCCAGUCCAUUUACACAUCAUCCAUCUAUGGGGGUGGGGGUGGCGCAGCGUUCAGCGACCGCGCUUUCGAGAUACAUGGACAAAUCACCAUAAUCCGUGUGUGGAGCGGGAGACUUGUGGAUGCUAUCCAGGUGACCUAUGGAGUCCAGACUACUCCAAAACAUGGUGGAGGUGGUGGAUCUAGGCAUAACUUCUACCUCGGGCGAGAGGAGAGGAUCACGCAAGUUACCAUUAGGACCGGUCGGGUCGUGGACCGCAUCGGUUUUAAGACCAGCCUCGGGCGUACUUUGGGGGAGGUAGGGGGUACUGGUGGGCGAUAUCACGUUCUCCGCCCACCAUAUGACACUUGUUAUGUCAGUAGCAUUGAGGGAAGGUCAGGGCGAUAUAUUGACCAGUUGCGUUUUCGCUGGCAAUGCUAGGGAAGACCGUACUUUCACAAAAGUAUUUGGUGCUUGACUGCAGAUCACAUAAAAUCUUUAUAAAAGGUUAUAACGUUAACAAAAUUUAAGUCAAGAAAAAAAGGAAUAAGUCAAGUACAAUAAAAGCAUAAUGGUAAAGUUAAUGCUCUGAUAGGAAUAGAAAUUAUGCAGUCAUGCAGCGAUACUCGAAACACAUUCUGCCCACCUCUCCCUCUAGUGUCAGGCCUGACUUUCUUGUGUGCCACUAGAGCUCUGGAGAGUUGUGGUCAGAACUUCAUUCAUGGAUGUAACACGCACAUACUCCUGCACAAAACUUCUCCACUCGCGUUGGGUCCAGGUAUGGCCAAGUGCUUUCCCUGUUGCCCAAAACAAAUGGAGAGGGAAGAACGUCAACUGCAACACAGUGCUACAUAUAUAUACAUAUGGACACGUAAUGAAAGAACAGAAAAUAGGUCCAGCGACACCACCAGUGGACUUAGAUUUUCAAUGACGCAUAUAAGUACUGUGACUAGUUAUACAGAGGAGUAUGUUGCAACAAAAACUUUUUAUUUUAUUUUACCCAAGACUAAUUAUUAAAGUGACUAAAUGAUGGCACAAGCCUGAUAUGCUGUCACUUAUGAAAACUAGCUGCCAGGGUUCUGGGCAUCUGGAUUGUUGACAUCCAAAUAUAUCAGUCUAUUCAGUUAGUCGGUUUGUUUCAUCAAAUGUUGUGUGACCAGUGUGUCUCCUAAGAUGCAAUUUCAACCUUUGAUCAAUAAAAAUGAUUUAGAUGCCCAUAAUCUAUCCGCACAAAAGUUUUCCUCCUUCCUUUAUUUACUAUAUCAUUAUAGCCAAGAAUUCUUGCAGCCAAACCGGGGACUAACAUACAGCAAUUGGAUAAAACAGCUUUGUCGAACUUUUGAAUGGCAACAUCAAGUUAUACAGCAAUAAGCACCACUGAAGUAAUUACUACAGAAUAUGAGUUAGAUUCUUCUGGUUGAUACUGCACAUAAGAUGUGUGUGUUAAAAGUUUUGGUUCAGAAUAAAGUUGCAGUUGUCGUUCCAACAUGAA